CAGUAUAAAGUUCUGUGAUACGAUCACGAUCACAUGAUUGUGUUUUGAUAAUGUUCUCACCUUGGUUUGAUUUUCCUAAAUAUCUAUAUGUAUGUUUCUUUCUUUCUUACGAGUUUUGUUUAAAAAUUAAAAUACAUUCGACAUUAUUAUAAUGACAACGCUUAUGUAUUACUUAUUUUUAAUUCCGAUUACUCUGCCUGUUAUUAUGUUUUUUGUGUUUUUCGCGUGGAUGGGUUUUCAGUUAUUCAUCAAUAAUUGAUUUUAAAUCCUGUUGGAAAAUGAUAUCCUUGCAUUUAAAACAAAUGUUAACAACUAUUUCGCAUCACUAUGCACAAUUUGACUCGUGGUGUUUUAACUAAGAUUCUUGAUGGUGCCACAGUUAAAAACGCAGUUUUACAAAUAUUAGAUUAUAAAAAAGUAUGUAAUGGGGGAAAAGAUCGCUUUCUAUUGCUUUUAUAUGAUGGUGUAACACGUUUUUCUUCUGCACUAUUGGCCUUUAAUUUGAAUUAUCUGAUUGAGACAAAUAAACUUAAAAAACAUUCGACAUUUAAAUUGAAAAACUAUGCAUUUAAGCAGUUGUUGGAUGCAAACAGUUGUUUGAAAAUUAUAAUCUGUUUAGACAUUGAAAUCCUUAUACCAAGCACUGAAGUAAAACAGGAGGUUUCAUUACUAAACACUGACAAAAAUUUCGCACAGCCAUGUACAUCAUCAUCAUCUGAAUCAUUUGUAAACAGCUCGAACAGCAAUGAGAUAAAUAUAUUUCUUUGUGACAGUUCACCUCAAAACCUGUGUUUUACUAAAACUGCAUCAUUACUUACUAAACUGGAUAUAAAUAAUUCAGACAGUAGUAAGAAAGGAAAAUUACCCAGUAAAAGUGCAUUAGAAAAUCUGUCUUAUAAACAGAACUUCAAUUGUCAUAAAGUGGAAGAACCCGUAAAACUAAAUGAUAAAUUGUUAGCUCAUUGUUCAAGCUUUCUUCCAUGUGAUACAUUCAAUAAAAGUGCUUCAUCAUCUACUAAUUUUUUCAAGAAUACUUUAAGCAGUGAAGGAGAUAUAUUAGUUAAAAAAAGUACUCUACAAAAUUUAUCUUAUAAAAAAAACUGCAAUAGUAAUAAAGUAUGUGAUGAUAAACUUAUUUUUCCUAUUUUAAGUCUUACACCAUAUCAUAGUAAGUGGACAAUAAAAGCUAGAAUUGUUUAUAAAACAACUCUUAUUAAUUAUGAUAAUAAACAAGGAAAUGGAAAAUUUAUUUCAUUUGUACUUUUAGAUGAAACUGGUGACAUUCGUGCAGUUGGAUUUGAUAAUUAUGCUGUGGAACUUCAAUCACUUUUAGAAAUUAAUAAUAUUUAUUACAUAAGUAAUGGCUCUGUAAAAAUAGCUAGGGAAAUUUCAUGUGUUAAUCAUGAAUACGAAAUUGUACUUUCAAGGAAUAGUAAUAUAGAACAAGUGAUGACUGAUGAUUUAACUGUACCCAUGCUGAGUUUUAACUUUAUUCACAUAAAACAAAUUGCAUCAUGUCCUAAAGAUUCAUUUGUGGAUGUUAUUGGGAUAUGUGUCAAAGAAUCAGAUGUUGAAAUGAUAUCAAUGAGGAAUGGCAAAGAAAUUUCUAAGCGCUGUAUUCAGUUAGUUGAUAUGAGUGGUAGUGUUAUUACUGUUACUUUGUGGGGUGCAGAAGCUGAAAAUUUCAAAAAAAGUCUUAAUUUUGUAAUUGCAAUUAAAAAUGCAAAAGUUCAAGAUUAUGGUGGUCUCUCAUUAAAUGUUUCGCCAUGUAGUAUGUUUUUUAUUGAUCCUUCUAUAAAAGAAGCCUCAAAUUUAAAACUCUGGAUUAAAAAUUUGAAUGAUUCUAUUCAAUUUCAACAAGUUUCUUUUUCUGAAUUUGCACCUUGGAAGACAUUUGCUGAUGUAAUUAAAAUAGAUAAACCAAUUUAUUAUACAACUAAGGCAACUGUAAUUCAAAUACGAAAGGAAAAAUGUCUGUAUCCAGCAUGUCCAUUAGCAGAUUGUAAUAGAAAAGUUACCAUUUUAAAUAAUGGCUUAUAUAAAUGUGAUAAAUGCAGUAAAAUAUAUACUGCCUUCAGCUGGCAGUUGUUCUUGCCUUUAAUCCUUGCUGAUUUUUCUAGAAGUCUUAGGGUCAUGGCAUUUGAAGAAAAAGCAGAAGGUAUGAUUAAUUUUAAAAGUGAAGAAUUAAAUAAAAUUAAAGAAAGUAAUAUGGAUAAAUAUUAUGAUAUUUUAUCAGAUUUGCAUUUUAAAUCUUUUAUCUUUAAGUUAUGUUCCAAGCGUGUGAACUACAAUGGAACUAAUAGCUUGAGAACAGUUAUUACUAAUGUGAAUAUAGUAGAGCCAUUGAUAUAUAGUAAAAAAAUAAUAAAUGAUAUUAAAUUGUUAGCAACUAUGUUGUAAUAUGUAAAACUGUCACUUAAAAUAGUAGAAACUAGAUGAAAAUAUCAAAUAACUAAAUUGAAUUACAGUGGCUUGAUAAAAGGAUGAAUCAGACUUUUAAAUGAAAUUUCAGUAUUUAGCUUUGCUUUCUUAACCAUUUAAAUCUCAUUAAUGAACAGAAACUCUGUUUCCAAAUGAAUAAUGAGUUUAAAAUGUAGCAUAUAUUUGAUAAUAGUGAACAGAGUGCAACUCUUCAUUUGCUCACAGCUUUAUUGAGAAAUGUGUGAUUCAUCCUUUUAGUGCUUCUCACCAUCCAAUAAGGUUUAAAAUAAACUGUUUAAAAUGCACACAAUAUAGUUUGUAUAAAACCUAUUAUACUUUGUAAAUUUUUUAAAAUUUUAUUCACAUGAUAAUUUUUAUAAAAGAUAUUUCUGUGUAAUCUUAAGUAUUUUUGUUUGAUACAUGAGCGGAGUAAGGUGCAGAAUCGACCACUUAUAUGGCACAUAUUGAUGUGUACAUGGAAAGGGAGUGCGCAGUGGCAAGUUUGUGCAAUUGUCUGAUGUUUUUUAAGUGAAAAUAGGUCGAUGUGUACACGGAUACUGAGUUUGUGCAAUUAUUUGAAUUGUUAUUUUCAAGUUGAUGCAGAAUCGUCCACUUAGAUGGCACAUAUCGAUGUGUACAUGGACAAAGUAAAGGAGUGUGCAAUGCCAAGUUUGUGCAAUUCUUUGACUUAAUAUUUUCAAGUUAGCAAUUUUGAGAAACAUGUAAAGCAGUGGGUGAUUCAGCACUUUCUCCCAUGAAUGAUGAAGUGUUUAUUAUUUUGCUAUUAAACAUACAGUGUAGUGCUCAGAAAACAGAAUACAAAUCCUUUCAAUAAUUUCUCAAAAAAUGGAAACUUUAAAAUAAAGUAUGCAUUAAUUUAGCAUCUAAAUUCAUGUUUUCACUCACUAAUUUUUGGAAUUUUAAUUGAAAAAUUACUGUUUAUUAGUAUAUAAAACUGCAUAUAUUGAUUAAUGGUUAUAUCAGAAACCUAGCUUAAAAACUUUUAAAGACAUGAAUUCAUUAAAUACAACACACUCAUGUCUUAAUUUGUAUCUUAACAUUCAUGUUCUGCCAUGCAAAUAUGUAUCUGUUACUCUUCCUAAUAAAAUGAAAUAUCUGAAAUAUUUAGCAUAAUGUAACUUCUGUGGUUGAAACUGUAAAAAUUGCCAACUGUAUCAUUUUAAAAAUAAGAAAAGGCUGAUCUUUAUGUAAGAUGUGCUGGAAAGUUCUGUCCAUUUACAUUAUUUCAAGUUUGAACAUGCAUGCACUUGUUCAUUUGAGACAUAUAUGGCUGCCUCUGUUUAUUAUUGCAUUUAUACAUAUGUGUUCUUCUAAACUGAAACAAAAGUGCCUCAUAUCAUUAUUAAAUAAGAUGGAAUCAUGUAAACAUGACUACUGAUAAAGUUCAUUCAUGAUACUGUAUUUUGUAUAAACUAACAAGGGAAAAUGAUAUAGAAGCAUGUUAAAAUUUAAUGAAAGUUGUUAGUGAAGAUACAGUUUUGUUCCUGCAUGUUCUGUCAAAUAUGAAUUGUAAUAUUCGAGUUGUCAUAUGCAAAUCUUUGCUUGCUGAGAAUAAAAACGAAAGCUUCUUGGAUUGGUUGAUAAUUGGCAAUCUCCUAGUGAAAACAUUGUUAGGAAAAGAGCAUAUUAUGAGCAUGCAAAACCUGCCCCGUCCAAUUCUAAAACGAGCCUGAGCCUAAAUAAGAGAAUGUUCUGUAUAUGCACAUCUGAGGACCAGUAUAAUAUGACUUUGAAAUCUAAUAAAAGCUGAAUUAGGAGAUAUAAGCAGUCAAAGAACAGAGGCUGGCGAUAUUAAAAAAAAGAACGUCAUAACUCAUCAUGAUAGUGUCAGACCACAUGCUGCUAUGGUGACAUGUCAGAAAAUUGCAGAGCUAUACUGAGAUAUUCUGCUAUAUUCAUCAUACUACCCAGAUCUAGCACCCUCAUUAUCACUUUUAGUUCUGAUAUACUUGAAGUAAAAUAAAAUUUAUGAAACUGGUAUCCUCUGAAAUAUUUCCAUGCUGUGGUUAACUGUUGUAUUUUGAUGAGGAAGAAAGAAAACAUGAAGUAAUAAUGAUUUCUCAAUCUCAAAAGGAUCACUAGCCAAAUGAAGAAUGCAUUUGCUGUGUAUUAAAAUAUGAGCAAAUAA